CUUUAUCAGACCUGCCGUUCAGCAGUUUUGAGUUGGCUUGGGGAUAUUUUAGUCCUUGGUUCGGCAAGGUCUUAAGAAGAGAGGAGAUUUUCAUGGGUCUGGCCAUUUUUCAGUAAGGGUGCUGAUCGGUAGGGGCUGACUGAACUUUUUGGAGCCUGCAGUGGCUUCAGCAAGAGGGUCAGUUACGGUACCAACAGGAAGGUACCCAAGGCCAGGGUUAAGUGGUAAGCUGUUGUUCAUAUUAGAGUUUGAGCGAGAUGAAGGUGGUUGUGGGGAUGGUAGUUUCCAAUAAGAUGCAGAAGUCGGUGGUGGUGGCGGUGGACAGGCUGUUCCAUCACAAGCUCUACAACCGGUACGUGAAGAGGACCUCCAAGUUCAUGGCCCAUGACGAGCAGAAUCUGUGCAACAUCGGAGACCGAGUGCGGUUGGACCCAUCAAGGCCUUUGAGCAAGCGUAAGCAUUGGGUUGUGGCUGAAAUCCUCACCAAAGCACGCAUCUAUCAGCCUCCUUUACCAUCUGAUUCACCUUCAGCUUCACCUCAUUCUACUUCUUAAGGUGAAUCUUUUUGAAAGGCAUCCAAGGGAGUGACAAAACAUUAGAUUUAGCCAUAGAAAAGUUUCCGUUGUUUCUUGAAUAUUUUUCUUGUAUGGUUGAAUGUUUCUCUUAUAAUCUAAAGCCUAAAAUAGGGGUGAUUUGUACCUCCAAUUCGUUAGUAUGUGUAAUGCAAUUGAAUGUGCAUGAAAAUGUUGUGGCAAAGUUUUCUUAUAUGCGAUUUAAGCUUAAAGUGAUUGGAAAA